GCGGGCGGGGGAGCGGCGGAGGCCCCCGCGCAGAGCUCGCGGCCGGGGGUCCGGGCUCCCCAGGCCGCCGAGGCGGGGCGGCGGCGCGGACGGGGAGGGUCUCAGCGAGGGGCGAGGCUGGUUGUGCUCGGGGGCCGCGUCGGAGUCAGGCCAGUGCGGUGCACGCGGCAGAGGCGAGGGGGGCCGAGGCUGCGGUUGUGAGCGCGGUGGGGAAGGGGCCGAGGCGGCUGGGGACCGGCGGGAGGGGCCGCGCGGCGGGUGCUCGGGAAGCAGUGGCGCAGGGGUGGUCCCUGCGGGUCCUCACGGUUCGCCGACACCGCGCGGAGCGCCCUGUACGUUUUCUUCAUUAAGUUCUCGAAAAGCCCCUCGGGAUGAGUCUCACUUUAAGUCCGUGCGGAGACGCAGGUCACGUCCCCGAGUUUGCACCCGCGGGUGGUGUGCCCGGGAUGGGGGGAGCCCGCGCCUGCAGCCGCGGUGCUACCGGCCUCGCGGUCCGCGCUUGCUCGGCCGGGCGGGGGGCCUCGGAGGUGGGAGUCGGCUCUGUGGCCGAGGCUCUUCCAGGCGGCGCGCGCCGCCAGCUCGCAGUGCACCCGGCCCGCGUCAGCCUUUCUCUUGAGCUUUGGACCUGUAACUCCCAAAGCUCUGAUUCUUCCCUUGUAAGUCUGAAAUUCAACAUGUACCAAAACGGCUUUUAGGUUUUACCCUUACAUGGAGGUGUGAUCCCUCAGAGUGGAUGCCGUGUCAUCAUCGCAGUAGUGGGGCCCACCCUGGUUUCUCAUCCCAGAUCUAAUGCAUCAGCAGAUGCUGUUGACGACGCGUCUGAAGUGCACCUAGGAUCUGAUCCCUUGCCGCCGGCGCCCACCACUCUGGUCCAGGAGACUGCCGGCUCUAGUGGGUUGCUGCUGGCGCCUUGCGGCUGGUGUUCUGUUGACAUCCCAGCUCCGCCGCAGUCUCUUCUCAGAGCAGCAGCCGGAGAGGCCGCCCGGCAGGUCAUAGCACUGCCCAGAUCUUCGGGAUGCUUCCCAGCUCGUUCAGAGUAAAAGCCCAUGUCCUGUAGCCUAUGAGGCACCCCUCCCUCCUCUCUCUUGCCCUCCCCUCAUCCACUUCAGCCCCUCUGGUCUCCUUGCCCUUCCUUGAACACAUCAAGUGGGCCAUCGCCUCACACCCGUUGCCCUUGUGCAUUCCCCUUCCUGGAAUUGAUCUGCCCUAAGGUCCACACGGUGCCUGCCCUCACUCCAUCCAGACCUCUGCUUUGGUGUUGCUUUACCAAAGUUGCCUUCCCUGGCCAUCUCCUACCACCAGCUGCUGCCCUCAUGCCGUUCAUUCGUUCUAUCCCUUGUCGUCACCUGACACAGGCUUUUGUUUGUCAGCGGCCCUAUUUGCUUGCACACCGCCUUAGGUAGGUGCCUGGUCUGCUUGUUCUCAGCUGUUUGCCCACUUUCCAGGACCCUCAAGGUGGUCCUGAGAUGCAGCCUAUUGUCUGCCCUGGCCAGGUGCAUUGCUGGGGCCAUCAUAUAGUGGCCUGAGGAUGCUGUUGUCCCAGGGGCUGCUGGGGAAGCCUUGUGCUGGAGAAGGGAAUAUCGUCUCAGAGACCACUGGGUGUUUAGUUCCUCUGCCCUUCCCAGGGCUUUCUGGCAGCCGCAGACUUGGUCUCUGCUGCCAUAGACCUCUUGAGAUCUAGGCACGGAAGUCUCCGUGCUGCGGUGAAAAGCAGACUGGUCACACUCCAUUACAGCCUUCCCUCUCCCUGCAGUUUUGCCCACCUCCUUGGGACAAGCUAAGAGAUGCAGCGAUGGCCGUCAAAGAUCUCCUUCCUCCUGGGCCUCAGGACUUCAAGGUUCCAAACCUGAUGUCAUCUCCAGGCUGGAGAAGGGGGAAGAGCCAUGGGCCCCAUACUCACCGAGAAUUGAGGAACACUGGAUCUGGAGUCAUGGGAGUGAAAGUGAGUCUCCAGGAAUGCCGCCGUGCUCUCCUGCCCCUGCUGGCAGGGGCUGUCACUUCGCCAGGCCCUUCUCUGUUUUGAGUCUUGGACAGGAAAGAGGGGAUUGACUCCAAGACAGAAAAUUUCCAAAGCAGUGGGGUCCCAGAGAGCAAAAUCAGAAGAAUCUGUAAAGAAUAUUUCCAAGGAGCCUGAUUUUGAAGAGAUGAGUAAAACUGAGGGAAAAUUAAAGAACUGCUGGAGAAAAUCUGCAGAGGAAGGGUUUAAGAAAUCCUUCUCCGAGAAGAACAGUUCUGGGCCAGUGACAUUGACACAUAUGAAAACCCCAAUUAGAAGGGAAGGCCAGAAAUCCAGUUCUGUGGAGGUAAACUGCACUGCAGACCCAAACCCGUUUGGAUUUCAUAGAGCAUCUAGAGGGAAGAAUCUCCACCAGAAUGUGCCGUGUAUGGAUGACUAUCAGCAAAGCCAGGACCUCACUAAUCGCCAGUGUUUCUCCCCAGAAGAAAGAGCCUGUCAGACAGAUGUGUGUGUGAAAAUGCCCAGGCAGAGUUCAGUUCUUAGUGAGAAUCAGAGGGUUAACAAUCCAGAAGAAUCCUUUGAGUAUAAUGAGUAUGGGAAACCUUUCAGCCUGAGUAGAACUCUUUCUCAGCAUCAGAGAAGUCAUGCUGGAGAGAAGCCCUGUGAGUGUGAUGGGUGUGGAAAAAUUUCUCAGCACUGCUCUGUCCUAAGCCAACAUCAGAGAGUUCACUGUGGAGAGAAGCGCCAUACCUGUGCUGAGUGUGGCAAAUCUUCCAGGGAUCAUUCCUAUUUCAUUCAGCACCAUAACACUCACAUUGGAGAAAGACCUUAUGAGUGCAGUGAAUGUGGGAAAGCUUUCAGUGUACGUUCAUCUUACAGUCAACAUCUUAAAAUUCAUACUGGGCAGAAACCUCAUGAGUGUCAUCAAUGUGGAAAAGCCUUUAGUCAUAGCUCUAACCUGAUUCAUCAUCAGAGAAUUCAUAGUGGAGAGAAACCGUACAAGUGUAAGGAAUGUGGGAAGGCUUUCAGUAGACACUCUCACUUCCUUCAGCAUGAGCGAACUCAUUCUGGAGAGAAACCUUAUAACUGUACUGAAUGUGGCAAAGCCUUCAGUGCACGAUUAUCUCUCAUUCAGCAUCAGAGAACUCACACAGGAGAAAAACCCUAUGAAUGCAUUGAAUGUGGGAAGUCCUUUAGCUUGAACCGAACCCUUACUGUUCAUCAGAGAAUUCACACUGGAGAGAAACCCUAUAAGUGUAACGAAUGUGGAAAAUCCUUCAGUCAGCGGUCCCAAGUCAUUCAGCACAAGAGAAUUCAUACUGGAGAGAAGCCUUAUGUCUGCAAUGAGUGUGGAAAAUCAUUCAGUGCUCGCCUGUCCCUCAUCCAGCAUCAGAGAAUUCACACUGGAGAAAAACCUUAUGGAUGCAGUGAGUGUGGGAAAACCUUCAGUCAGAAGGGACAUCUUAUUCAGCAUCAGCGAAUUCACACUGGAGAGAAACCCUAUGAGUGUAAUGAGUGUGGAAAAGCUUUCAGUCAGAGUUUUAAUCUUAUUCAUCAUCAAAGGACACACAAUGGUGAGAAGCCCUAUGAAUGUAAUGAGUGUGAUAAAGCCUUCAGUGUGCUCUCUUCCCUUGUUCAACAUCAGAGAGUCCAUAAUGGUGAGAAGCCCUAUGAGUGUCACAAGUGUGGGAAAGCCUUUAGCCAGGGCUCACACCUCAUUCAGCACGCGAGGAGCCACACCGGGGAGAAACCCUACGAAUGUAACAAGUGUGGGAAAACCUUUGGGCAGAUAUCCACCCUAAUUAAGCAUGAGAGAACACACAAUGGAGAGAAACCCUAUGAGUGUGAUGACUGUGGGAAAGCCUUCAGCCAGAGUGCACACCUUGUCCGCCAUCGAAGGAUUCACACUGGAGAGAAUCCCUACAAGUGCAGUGACUGUGGGAAGGCCUUCAACGUCCGCUCCUCUCUCGUGCAGCAUCACAGAAUUCAUACUGGGGAGAAGCCUUAUGAAUGUGAGAAGUGUGGCAAGGCCUUCAGUCAGCAGUCACAGUUUAUUCAGCAUCAGAGGAUUCACACUGGAGAGAAGCCCUACAUGUGCAAUGAAUGUGAGAAAGCCUUCAGUGCACGCUUAUCCCUUAUCCAGCACAAGAGAAUUCACACAGGAGAGAAACCUUACAAAUGCACUGAAUGUGGAAAGUCCUUCCGACAAAGCUCUCACCUUAUUCGACAUCAGAGAGUUCACAGUGGAGAGCACUCUUACGUGUGUAAUGAAUGUGGGAAAACUUUUAGUCAGAGAGUAACUCUUACUAGUCAUGAGAAAAUUCACACUGGAGAGCAGGCCUAUGAGUGUAUUAAAAGUGUGGAUCUCUUUAGUGCACAGGCAGCUUUCAUUCAGCACCACAAAGUUCACAGUGGAGAAUAACUGCUUUAUUCAAUAAAGUCUUCACUGUUGUACGUCAGGAGUGGUAUACUGAUGCGAAAGCUUCUGUUUUAGAGAUUCAUCUCUUGAGUGAUUUAACAAUGUCCCAGUGCAGUGCUAACUGAAGACAGGCUGCCAGAUUAUGUGGUAGAAAUUCCAAGGUCACAUGCCUUUCCUCCCACAGAGGGUGCCCUGUGCCUGAGUACUUGAAAUGAGCCCCGUCUGAGUACACUUACUUAAGAUUGUGUUUUCAUAGCUCCAGACCUUAGGGUGCAGUGAGGUAUUUUAUGUGGUCACUUGCUUUUCCUUCCUCCUCUUCAUCUAUUUCAAGUUCAAGGAAAGUAACUGGAACCAUUACACUUUGUUUUUUUUUUAAUAUUUUAUUUAUUUGACAGAGAUCACAAGUAGGCAGAG